CCAGAAGUUCCUAAGAAUACUGAGGCAUGGAGGAGAUGAUAUGGUGCAGAAAGACAGGAUAUUGGCCCAGCAUAGAUCCCUAUAGUCUACUAAGUGGCCAGCAGUUAACUCAGACAAAGAAAAAGAAUAUUUAUGUGAGAAAAACAGAUACGAAUCAAUUUGUGAAGAUACUAAGUUUCUCAGAUGAAAUGUUAAGAAGAGACACCGAUUGUUCAGAGGACCAACUAGAGAACUGCCCCUUAGAUUGAUGGACUGAGAGGACAUGUCUGAAGACAGAGCAACGAUUGAGAUAUUACCUGAGGAUUGGUCUAGCCCCUGAGCAUCAGCAAUCAUGAGUCUGGGAAUCAUGGAAGAAGAAGACCUGGCGGAGUACUUCCGCCUGCAGUAUGGGGAACGGCUGCUGGAGUUGCUAAUGAAGUUCCCAUCAACAGAGGAGCAGUCACCAUCUCCAUCCAUCCGGCUCCUAGAGAAAAAGAAAGAGGCCAAAGUGAUGCAUCAAGCCAUGGAGGAAAAAAAGGAGACAUUUAAAAGGAGAAUGGAGGCCCUGAAUCUGCGCUGGGAGGAACUUGGGGCCAAGGAGGCACAGCUAAAGGCUCAUAUAAAGAAGUUUGAACAGUUUAUACAGGAAAAUGAUCAGAAAAGAAUUCGAGCUCUGAAGAAGGCCAGCAAAGAGAGAGAACUGAAGAGACUUCGGGUGAAGGAACUGGCUAGGGCUAAGCAAGAGAUGGCUGCCCUGAGACAGGAGCAUCAGAGGAUCAGUGCCAAAUUGCAGGACUACUCUAUAUUCCAAAAGUACUUGGAGAAGGUGGUAGAGAACUCUGAGUUUGAAGAGAUCCAUGAGGUUAUUGGACGCUACAAGACACUGGUGAGCAUGCACCAUGACCUGAUGCAGUCAGCCCAAGAGGGACAGGAGAAGAUUGACAAGGCUAAGGCCCGGCUUACCCACUACGUGGAAGAAAAGGAUGAUGAGGUCCUACAGCAUAACAAUGAGCUUGCCAGGUUGCAGAUGCGGUAUGACCGUGCCCGGAGUGAUGUCAUCAUUUGGGAAUCUCGAUGGGCACACAUCCAGAAUACGGCUGCCAAAAAAACCCUCCUGUUGGGCACUAUCAAGAUGGCAACUCUGAACCUCUUCCAAAUUGUGAGCAAGCAGCUGAAGGAGACCACCACACAAGUGGCCGUGGAGGAUACCCACAAACAGCUGGACCUGAUCCAGGAGUUCAUCCAAGACCUGUCAGAUAUCUGGGCAGAGGUGAAGAAGAAGGAGUCAGUACCAAACCCACCAGCCAUCUCAUAUAAGAUAUAGAAAAGGAAGCAAUAGUUCGCAGCUCUUCUGGGUCAGCAUACUCUAGUGCUUUCAGCAUUUCAAUGGUAACCCCACCUUUCCACUGAAUGAUAACCGUCCCUCCCUCAUACACCCACUAAAUGUGAUUCCAAGAGAUAUUAAAUUCUAAACUGACACAAUUUUCAUUUUUUCGUUGG